AUGAGAACUUCGCCGCCAUUCUCAGUGGUUUGGUCUUCAGGCGCAUCGAUGCGGGACAUAGAUCAAUGCCCCACAUCGUUUGGUUUGCUAGGCAGUUGUGCCGUGCGCUAUUUGUUCUUAUGGGAGAAUUGCGAUCCUCUUAACAUUGUCACUCUGAAUAAGACUCGGCGGUGUAAAGUCUCGUGGAGUGACGUACAUGAUUUGAGGAGCGGUGAAGACAACGACAACAACUACAACGAUCCAGAUUGGCGUCAUACUGCUGCUUAUGACAACAGUGAAGAUCACGGCGGUAGAGAAAACGAAAAUUUCCGGAUAACUAUUAGCCCCACUUCUACUUCCAAUCCCAGCAAGAGCGAGGAUUUGUUGAACGACGAAGAAUCCGUGAACGAGGAGGGCGACGACGGCGACCACAACUAUUACCGUAGCCCUGCUAACGACGAAGAAUCCCAGACACUCCUCAUUUCCAGUGCUCCCUCAGCUCCCAUCAAGAUCAGGGACUCAUUGAACGACCGAGAAUCCAUGAGCGAGUAUUUGCUGGACGACCGAGAAUCCGUGAACGAGGAGGGCGACGACGGCGACCACAACUAUUAUCGUAGCCCUGCUAACGACGAAGAAUCCCAGACACUCCUCAUUUCCAGUGCUCCCUCAGCUCCCAUCAAGAUCAGGGACUCAUUGAACGACCGAGAAUCCAUGAGCGAGUAUUUGCUGGACGACCGAGAAUCCACGAGCGAGGAGGGCGACGACGGCGACCACAACUAUUAUCGUAGCCCUGCUAACGACGAAGAAUCCCAGACACUCCUCAUUUCCAGUGCUCCCUCAGCUCCCAUCAAGAUCAGGGACUCAUUGAACGACCGAGAAUCCAUGAGCGAGUAUUUGCUGGACGACCGAGAAUCCACGAGCGAGGAGGGCGACGACGGCGACCACAACUAUUAUCGUAGCCCUGCUAACGACGAAGAAUCCCAGACACUCCUCAUUUCCAGUGCUCCCUCAGCUCCCAUCAAGAUCAGGGACUCAUUGAACGACCGAGAAUCCAUGAGCGAGUAUUUGCUGGACGACCGAGAAUCCACGAGCGAGGAGGGCGACGACGGCCACAACUAUUAUCGUAGCCCUGCUAACGACGAAGAAUCCCAGACACUCCUCAUUUCCAGUGCUCCCUCAGCUCCCAUCAAGAUCAGGGACUCAUUGAACGACCGAGAAUCCAUGAGCGAGUAUUUGCUGGACGACCGAGAAUCCACGAGCGAGGAGGGCGACGACGGCGACCACAACUAUUAUCGUAGCCCUGCUUACGACGAAGAAUCCCAGAUAUUCCUCAUUCCCAGUACCUCCCCAGGUUUCAGGGAGACCAACGACAACAACUACAACCAUCCAGAUUGGCGUCAUGCUGCUGCUUAUGACAACAGUGAAGAUCACGGCGGUAGAGAAAACGAAGAUUUCCGGAUAAGUAUUAGCCCCACUUCUACUUCCAAUCCCAGCAAGAGCGAGGAUUUGUUGAACGACGAAGAAUCCGUGAACGAGGAGGGCGACGACGGCGACCACAACUAUUACCGUAGCCCUGCUUACGACGAAGAAUCCCAGAUAUUCCUCAUUCCCAGUACCUCCCCAGGUUUCAGGGAGACCAACGACAACAACUACAACGAUCCAGAUUGGCGUCAUGCUGCUGCUUAUGACAACAGUGAAGAUCACGGCGGUAGAGAAAACGAAAAUUUCCGGAUAAUUAUUAGCCCCCAGUUCUACUUACAUCCCAGCAAGAGCGCGAGGAUUUUGUUGAACGACGAAGAAUCCGUGAACGAGGAGGGCGACGAGACGGCGACCACAACUAUUAUCGUAGCCCUGCUAACGACGAAGAAUCCCAGAUAUUCCUCAUUCCCAGUACCUCCCCAGGUUUCAGGGAGACCAACGACAACAACUACAACGAUCCAGAUUGGCGUCAUACUGCUGCUUAUGACAACAGUGAAGAUCACGGCGGUAGAGAAAACGAAAAUUUCCGGAUAA